AUGAGCCAAGGCAGCAGGGAGCUCAAGCCGGCGGCAGCCGCUGCUUUCCCUGUUCCUUUGCCGCCUUCAGUUCUUUCUUUAAAGGCUUGGCCUCCCACGCUUCAAGAGGUUCCCUCCUCCCUUCUCUCUCCUUCCUGCUGCCCUUAUGACUCUCAGCCCGAUGCAGCAGUCAAAUCGCUUCAGGCUGCAGCAAAAGCAGCGACAGCUGCAGCGCGAGCAACACCUGCAAACCCCGAAACAGCAACGGCAGUAGAAGCAGCAGAGCUCGUACCACUGUCAGCAAAACGCCGGAGAGUGGAUUGCUUUACGGAGAUGUAUGCAAACGAAGGGAAUUCUGCUGCUGCUGCUGUUUCUCAGAGGGCGCCACAGGCCACAAACCAUAGGGAAGUAGCCCCAGCUACUCCCUCUCCCCACACUCGGGCCCUGACCAGACGUCUCCAGCGGCCGCCGGUGCUGGAGCAGUUCGUCUCGCUGCUGGAGGCUGAAAAUCUGCAGCAGCAGCAGCAGCAGGAAAAGCAACGCAUGGAACAGCAUGGGCAGCAAGAGAAGCGAACGCACGGACAGCAGCAGCGGGAGGGACAGGACUACAGCUACUUGCUACAGCAAGAACAGCAGCAGCAGCGACAACGGCAGCAGGAAGAGGAAAGGCAGGGAGAGCAGCAACGGGAGAGGCAGGAGCAGCAGGAGUUCCAAGGUGAGGACAGCGGAACUGAUCAGCAGCAGUUCGCGCUUGCCAUAGCGCUGCUUCGGUCUCUACCAAUAUGGAAGAGGCAGCCAGAAUCCAUUCCAGCCUUAGUAAAGGCAGCAGCAGCAGCAGCAGCGGCGAGACAGCGUGGAAGGGGGCCAACGGGCGAGGCCUGCAGCAGCAACGGCAGCAGCCGCAGCUUUGACAGCAUGCUAGACGGGCCCCCAUUUGUGUCUGCCACGAUUCACUGGGAGGCGAAGAGGCAGGCAGUAUGCGUAAAGGCUUAUAAGAGCCCCAGCAGCAGCAGCAGCAGCAGCAGCUCUUGCCGCUACUUCCCUCUGCGUCGCCUCAGCCGAGAGAGCCCAGGGGGACAUCCCUGCCUGCUUCGCGGGGUGCCCUCGAGCUCCAGCCACUUGCAGCCAGCGCAGCUCGUGUGUCCCAGGAAGCUUCUUUUUGCUGCAUAUGUCUUCUUCCUGCAGCUGCCUUUGCUGCCGCCAGCAGCACAGCCCCGCGUGCGCCCGUUGGAUCUUCACAAGGGCCACCCCGCGGGGCCCCAGGGGCCACCCAAGGCUUUCAAUUCACUGAACUUGGAGCAGCACAAUGCUGGGAAGGGGGCAGCAGCGCAGCAGGGCGGCCAGAGGCACGCAGAGGGGUCUCAGCUUGCUGCAGAAGCGCUUGCUGCUGCAGCAGUUGCUGCAGGGUGCCGCGCUGCUGCCGCAUCCUUCAACAGCAACCACGGCCAGCAGCAGCAGCAGCAGCAGCAACUGCAUGGUUUGCAAGCGGCGACUGUCCUUCUUCUCGCUUGGUCCUUCUCUUGCCCUGAGCAGACUACCAGUGCUCCUGGUGCUGCGGCUGCGACUUCGGCCGCAGCGCAGGAGCAGCAGCAGCAGCAAUGCCGAGAGGUAGGCUCAUGCACUGUCAGUGCGCAAGGGCAACUCUUUACAGGAAGUGAUAAGGCUGCAAAUCUUUCCGAGACUUCACCGAUUGAAGCCGAUAGCCACAAUGGACUGACAUGCCGGAUUUGCGGCCAGCUUAGCCGCCCGCGGUCGCCGGGACUUUCUUCAUUUGAGACUCACGAUAUCCAUAUCCAACAGCAGCAUGCAUUCCUUGCACCCCUGUUGGCGGCACUGCUCCCCUUCAGCCCCACGCAUGCAGCACAGGCAUCAGCAGCAUCGGCUCACAUCAUAGGCGCUGCUGCUGUCUGCAGCAGCAAACCGGCCGCGAAGGACGUUGCACUAGCUAUCAGGCGGCUCGACCAAGUUGCAGUCACGGCCUCGAGCUCUGCGCAGCAAGAGCAGCAACAGCAGCAGCAGCAGCUGGAACCGAACGCUUUCAUGUCUGCAUGCACGGCUGCUGUGACACGGCUGCUGCUCCAGCUAGACGGCGUCACCCCCGUGAGCCCUAAAGCAUGCUUGAUGGAGCAGCGGCGGCUGCUCAUCGCGCUUGCAGCUGUGAAACCCCCUAGAUCUUUUUCGGGGGGCGCAAAUAUGCAAGAGAUUCAUCCAAAGGAGCAUGUCUUGGGGGCUUUUGUAGCUGACCAGCAGCAGCAACAGCAGCCGCACCAGGAGCAGCAGCCGCUCCCCCCAUCCGCAGCUGUACGUGGAGAGACAACUUCGGCUAAACUGCUGCAAGAGCAAGAAUUGACCGUGCAACGGCUGCUGGAACAGCAGCUGCAGCAGCAGCCUGCUGACGCUUUUGUUGCUCCCGUUCUAGAGUUGCCCGAAUCUGUCAGUGGCCCCUUGGGACUGUGCAGUGCUGCAGCUCCUACGGCUGAGUCUGCUGCAUUCUUAAUUAGCCACAUUCGCGCUGCAGUUGAAAGCAAGCUGCUUGUUCCGUCUGUGUGCGAGACCAUACUUAGAGCGAAGCUGUGGGACGCCACUGCUGCUGCUGAUGCGGGCGCUGCUGCCUCUGCGGACAACACUGCUGCUGAUGUUGGUUGUAACAACAUACAGAGCCGCAUCUUUCGCAGCAGGGGAACCGAAGACCAGCUCUGCAGCCAACGCCGCAGAGUGAAAGUGCCUUUUUUGCGGCAAUUUCUAAGCGAAGCUUGCCCGGAUUGUAGCAGCAACGGGGUCGCGAAUGGUUGUUUCUGCUGCUGUGGUGGCAGUUGCAUGUCUCGUCGAGGCUCUGAAGAGAUGUCAGGAGCUGCCGUAGACCCCACAGGCCAACGAAAUGACCCUUUCGCUGCUGCCUGCCGGCGGAUGAGCUGGUAUGAGGCUCUCUGUCUUGUCCCGCAGCAGCUGCAUUCGCUGCAGUUAGAGUCCACUUCACUCGGAGCAGCGGCAGCGGCAAGAAGUGAAACAGCAGCAGCCGCAGCUGGCAAAGAAACAGCAGCAGCCUCAGAGACCGAAGCAGCAGCAGCAGACUCUGCAGCUGCAGCUGAAUCUCUGCACUUGCUCGCCGUUGUGCUGCCUCCGUUCGGUGGGCCUCCGUUGCAGCGGGACCGGCUUGAGCGUGUAUUAAUACAGGCGCGAAUGAGGUCUGCGCAUCCUCUCAUCUCUUCUCUUCUUCAAGAAGGGCAAAGUGCGGUGCCUCGAAGUCUUAUUACGCUAACAGUGGCGUUGCCCGAACCUACAGCUGCAGCUGCUGCUAUUGUCGGGUUGCGGGAGUUCCUCACUAACCGGGCCAGACCACUGGUCCUUGCUUUGCUGUUUCCUGAGUCAGAUUUCGCAGAGGCAUCAGGGGGUCCUGCUUCUCUUGCUUCUACAGCAGCUGAAGACACGGCAUCUGCUGCUGCUGAUGCUAUUGGCGCGUGCUACCGGCGCUGCCUACAGCUAAUCGAAGCCGCUGCCACUGCGGUUUGCUGCUGUGGUGAAACACCAUGUCCAGCUGUUUUAUCUAGACCAGUCCGUUCUUUACUGCAGUAUGUAUUAGAGAGCGUGGAGUGCCCUCGCUGCAGCAUUCAGAGCAACGUGGAGCCGCGCUGUAACAGCUGCUGCGUUACGCUGGAGGCUGCUGUUGCCGCAGCAGCUGAGCAUGUCACAGACGGGAGUCUCGGUGCAGAAAAGACAGCAGCCGUUGCUGCUGCACCGCUUCAGGGUUCGGCAACUGCCUCUGAGCGUCAGGACGAACUUCCUCAGCAGUCCAGUGGAGUUCUGUGUCGCCGCGUGCUGUCAUUUCUCUGUGGGGCUCUUGUUGAAUUCUUGAAAGAGUGGGAAGGCACUGCACCAACCGCUGCAGACAGUGAGAAAUCAUGGAUUCCCAGAGUCUGUCAGGCCAAGGAAGGGAUCUCACACCAGUCUCUUGCUGCUACUGCUGGUGAAGCUGAGCCAUGUGGGGGCCUUCUGGAGGACGUGCACGUCAGGCAGCCGUCUGUACAACAGGAGUGCUUCAAAUUUGGGGGUCUUCCUGUUGCAUGCGAUGACACGCAGACUGGCCUCUUAAUUCAAGCUACUCCUUUUGGAGCUCGCGUCGUGAGGGGGACGCCAUUAAUGUGCCGCCACCAGCUGCAGCAGGUUGCGGCUCUUUCAGAAGGCUCUGGACUUGCACCGGAAGUCAGGGGUGGCCCUGCAACAGGAGCAGCUGCUGCAGGGAGCAUCGUCAUCGGCAGUAGUAGCAGCAGCAAUAGCCGAAGAGCCCAAGGCAGCGCCGGCACCGGCUGUGGCUUCAGCAGCAAUGGCCGAGGCACCAGGCCUGACAGCAAUUUUUCGCUACACCACUUUCUCCACGCCCCCCUCACCCUAUCCUUACCUAAAGACUCCUCUCCGGCAUCAUCUGCGUCAGACUACGCCCAAGAAGGUCUGCGAAAAGGUUCUGCCUUGGCAACCUCUUUUGCAGGUCUCGCUAGGGCCUUCAAUGACAACCCACCCCAUGCGGCCUCAAAGAAUCGUACGAGGGCUUCUCUCGAGGAUGAGGAGCCUGUGCCUUGGCAAAGCGUCGAUAUCUUCGCGUGGAGUCUGAUGGACGAAAACGGGGCCGAUGCGGACACGUCUCUUGAAUUCCGUCUCUCGAAAGCCUCCCUGUGCAGGAAGUCAACACCAAGAGGGGGCCCUACGAACUCUCCUGUUUCUUCACAGCAAGCGGCAGCCAAAAGGUCUGCAGCAGCCGAACCUGCACAAGAAGGAGCAGCAGGAUCAAGAACAGCAGUGGCAGAGGCUGCAACCGAAACGACUGCUAGAGUGGGAAACGCAGCAGCUGCUGCAGCAACAGAAGCAAGAUGUGCAGAGCUAUCAGCUUCGUCGAGGGCAUUCUCCCCUUGCGCAUCAGACUCUGAGGAGCCGCCCCUUCAUGGAGACAGCAGCAAUCAUCUCUUGGCGGCGGUAUGGCAGGCAGCGAGUGGCCCUGUCUUAGACUUGGCAGCAGGAGAGGCUCAGCGCCGCAGACUUUCUCCGUUCUUUGGACUCGUUCUGGAGGAGACUGGAUGCCUGCCAGAGGCAGCAGAUCUGCAGCAGCAGCGCAACAAGUUGUUCUUCCUCUUUGACGCUGUGGACAGACUGAAGACAGCUCAACUCUACGAGAGUCCCUCGAGAGCUACUCAGCUUGCUGCCCGUCAGAAGUAUCUGCGAAUAGCCAAGUCUUCCGUGCACGGGUGGGGUGUCUUUGCUGCGGAGCCCAUCCGCCGCGGCGAGUUUAUCGUGGAGUACGCUGGAGUCGCCGUGUCAGAGGCGAGGGCAAACUUUCUGGAGGCGCAGUAUGUGCAGAGCAUGGGGGGUAGCACGUAUUUUUUCAAGCUAAGGAAUGGCUCCAUAGUGGAUGCGACUGCUUGCGGCAGCGCAACGCGAUUCAUUAACCACUCUUGCGCCCCUAACUGCUGCACAGUGGAUAUCUUGGACGAAGAUGAAGAAGAUGGUGGCAGCCACGUUGGCCUCGUGGCUCUUAGAGACAUCGCUAUGGGAGAGGAGCUGCUGUACAAUUAUAGCUUGUCCGAGAGUUCUUUGGGACAGGAGGUCUGCUGCUGUGGGGCGCCGAAUUGCCGAGGGUAUAUGUAA